AAAUGCAGAAUUAAAGUAGUUGAUGUGGAAAGUAAUUAAAGUUAUAGUAAGUAGCACCUAACGUUCAACAUGCAUGCCUGAUACCAGCAAUUCAAAGACCAGCCAAUCACUCGCACCACACCUAACGUUUAGCUUCAUAAAAGAACAGGCAAACCUCAAUGGUGCUAUCUUGAAUUUUAUCAAUGGCUCUGUUACAUCCACCCACGCGCACUGCACCAUCUCAGACUCACCGCUGGCAACAUGCGUGGAUGCUGCCUCCUCUCGCCAUUUGGAUUUCUGUUUCAGCCACACUCCGUUAUGGAUAUUACGGGGAUUCCCUUAUCUUGCUUGGUCCCGUCUCAUCCCGUUUGAUUACAACCAGUUCUGUUUUUGUGAAGCAGCUUCAAGUGUCAACCAAGGACAAAAAUCAAGUCUUUAUUCACACUUUCAAUAAGAAGCCCCAGUUGAGCUCCCAAACUAAUUGGACGGCGUCGGAUUUUUUCCUCGUUGAACCGUAUAAAAACAAGGUGAUUUCUCUGUGGUUAAAUCAGGGUUCCACCAUCCGUAUUAGGUGGGAAGAACAUACUACUACUGGUUUGGAUAAGCUACAUGGGAUGGUGGUUAAAGGAGACAUGAAGUUUGAACAACUACAGAAUUCACAGCCGACCUUCCUCAAUGCAAUUUCUCUUCGAGAGACUGUUAAUGGCAAAGAAGCUGAAUACUUGGUUGAGGAAGAUGAUAGAUACCACAUUGGGGUUCUAAACAUGAAUGCAAAGAACAUAUUCUUGACUAUGGAAGUUAAUGUUUCAGCAAAGGUAUAUGAUACCACCAAAGCCAAGAAGAUGUGCUCCACUGAAAAUGGACCUUGUAGGCUCAGUGUUUUCUUCCCAGAAACUCAUUAUAUUAUUCUUACGGCAGCCGACAAUGGAGAAGGGAUAUCGUAUGUUGAAAUUUCUUUAGUGGCCCGUGUGUUUGUCUACAUAUUACUUCUAGGAGUUAUUGCGAUUGUUGUUUUUCUGAUUCUGAAAGUCCUUGGAGUUUAUGAUGAUGCUGAGCAGCAUAGUCAUGUUACAAUCGAUGUUACAUACAGAACAAGUAAUGUGGUUGCAACACACACCGAAACUGAACCAUUGAUGCGAGUGGAGGAAAAUCGAAUGUCAUAUGGAACAAAUGCAAAAGAUGAUGAACAAAAUUCAGGAACGUAUAGUAGCUCUUCGUCAGAGGAGUUAUAUGAUGAAAAAUUAUGUUGCAUUUGUUAUGAUGAACAACGCAACAGCUUCUUUGUUCCUUGUGGACACUGUGCCACAUGCUAUGACUGUGCACAGAGGAUUGUCGAUGGGGAGAGCAAAGUGUGUCCUAUAUGCCGAAGGCUUAUUCACAAAAUGCUACAAUACAAGCUACAGACAAAACCGCCAAAAUCAAAACUUUAUGUGUAAUGGUUGGAGUUGGACUUUCGAUCUUCUUCCACAAAGAACACCUGUUCUAUGGAUUAUUGUUGAGACAUGAGUUUCAGACAACCAUAAAAUGCUCAGUAUCAACUAGGGAAGACUGUAUUUUCAGUUCAUCACACUGUUUUACCUUUUGGAAUUGUCUUCUUUAAACAGUAUUGUGGCAAGAGACAACACUACACUACAAUGCCACCAUAUUUUGGCU